AUGUCGCCGCCCAAUAUUGAAAAAGAGAUUCGAGGUUUCCUCGAAAAGAUCCAGUAUAUCAGCCCAUUCAUCGCGCAGCUCACCCCAAUCUGUGAGCCCAUAUUCAAGCUUCUACGGAAGAAUUCGCUAAAGGAAUGGAACAACGACUAUCAUACGACCUUCGAUAAAAUUAAGAAGUACCUGCUAAAUGCUCCAGUGCUCAUGCCACCUACCCCAGGCAGGAUCGCAAAAUGGCAACUACUGCUUUCCGAGUUUGACAUCACCUAUUUCACUCAGAAGGCAAUCAAGGGGAAAACACUAGUUGAUCACCUAGCAGCACACUCUCUGCCAAAUUACCAACCCCUGAAGACCUUCCCUGAUGAGGACAUCCUCCUGAUUGAGGAAGAAGAAGAAAGAAAGGUAGGAGAGCAGACACUCUUCUUUGAUGGAGCCACAAACUCAAAAGGGAGUGGAGUAAGCGCCAUACUCUACUCUCCCGAUGACAUCCCAAUUCCCAUAUCUAGGUUAUUGGAAUUCCAAUGCACCAACAACUUAACUGAAUAUGAAGCAUGUAUUACUGGUUUGAGAGAAGCCAUCAUCCUCAACGUGAAGAAGUUGCAAGUCUUCAGAGAUUCACGACUCAUCAUCAAUCAGACGAAUGACAACUGGAAGACAAAGGAUGAAAAGUUAAUCCCUUAUCACAUCUAUCUAGAGAACCUAACUGAGGAAUUCGAAGAGAUCAUGUUCUCUUACAUGCCCCGAGCCAAGAACCAGUUUGCAGAUGCUCUGGCUACCCUCGCCUUAAUGCUGGAAAUCCCAAAAGGAAUUUUCGAAUGA